AUGCAGCAGGAGUACAUCUGCAACGUGCUGAAGAGGGGCUUCAAACCUGGGAAGGCCUUUGCAGAUGCAUGCAGGCUGAUGAAGGUGGUGCCUGUCUUACACUUGAUUCAAAGUUUGGCCAAGCCUUUUGUAUAUCUGAACCACCAUGGUCUAGGACUCAAAGGUGUCAAAGUCACUGUUAGUGUUAUGGUGAAUGAGUUGGUGAAUGAAACUUUCAACAAGUUGAAGGAUUUGGUGUGUCAAAUGCGUCCUGAACUAGAUGUCAUCUACAGUGAGGUUGAAGGCUGUAUCAUCAAGAUCCAACAGUAUCCAAAUCCCAUGGAAAUUAUGCACAACUAUUUGAAAGAGCACAACCUACAACUCUGAGACUUUUUUAGGAUUAUUGAUGAGAAUGGAAACAUGAAGAUUCCUGUGGCAGCCUUCUGGAAAGCCAUGAUACAGCAACAAAUCAUCCCACUGGAUUGAGUCCAAAUUGGGGAACUAGUGCACAAUCUAGACCGGAAUCAGACAGCAGUUGUGGACUAUAGUCACAUAGAAAAGCAGAAGCCAGCACAGAAACUUGUUGAAGGGGAAAUCAAGGAGGAAAAGAAGGAAAAGCCAUAA